UAGUGACCAUUUUAUAAAAAAAAAUCCUCCAUUUCUGCCCACUGCUGCUUUAAUACAUAUUAAAACGUUGAUUAAUAACCUGCCUCAGGCAAGAUUAGACAGUAAAUGUGACCGCUGUGGGAUGAUUUGCAUAUCUCUUCAAUCAUGGUUGAGGAAUGUGGAAGGAAACCGGAUCAACGAGAAUCCACCGGUGCAGCUUCAUUCAUGUACCUGUCUACACGGAGAGGACACGAGGACACACCGUCCAGCAAACCGACACCAAUAUCCAUGGCAACAAGCAUCCAGUGUGUGGGGCUCGUGGUGAUGUGUCUCAGGAUCUGGCUGUUGGAGAGCGAGGCAGCGAGUAUCUCUAUGGAAGACGACAUUCUGCAGCCGUACACCAAAGAACACGGUCCAUCCCACUCUCAUCGCCAAGUUAGGGACUACCAGUCUGAAACCCACGGCAGCACCACGUAUGAGAUCUGGCCUUCCAGUAGCCACGACGCACUCCCAGUGGCCGAGUCGACCGUCUUCAUAUCAGAGACGCCAGGCAGCGUGGGCGCGUCCCGCUGGCUCUACGGUCACCUGACGGUGGUUCACGACCCGCUGAGGACGUUGUCGGUGUUGGAGCCGGGCGGCCCAGGCGGCUGUGAGAAGAGACCCAGGGUGACAGUGGAGGAGACGGCCAUGCCUGCCGGGUGUCUGUACGCCCAGAAUGCCGGCUUCUUCAACACCACCUCGGAUCGGUGUCUAGGCAACUUGGUGAGCGACGGCAGGAUGGUGCAGGACAGCAAUGGAGUGCAAAACGCCCAGUUUGGCAUCAGGAAGGAUGGCAGCCUGGUGUUUGGGUAUCUGUCACAGGAAGACGUCUUGGACCAGUCCAACCCAUUCGUCCAGCUGGUCAGUGGUGCGGUGUGGCUGUUGAGGAAUGGCGAGAACUACAUCAAUCAGAGCCUGAAGGCCGAGUGCGAUAAGACAGUCGACACGGAGGUGUUCCGCGAUUUUGUGGACGUGCUGGCAGCAAGGACGGUAGUGGGUCACGACGCCAGUGGCAACGUGGUCCUGUUUCAUGUGGACGGACAGACCCUUAAAAGAGGUAUGAAUCUUUGGGAGGUGGCAGAGUUCCUGAAGAAUAACGGGGUGAUCAAUGCUAUCAAUCUGGACGGAGGCGGAUCUUCCACCUUCUUGAUCAACGGCACAUUGGCCAGUUACCCACCUGACAUAUGUUCAUCAGACAGCAGGUGGCGCUGUGCUCGGGCCGUCUCCACCAUCUUGUGUGUUCACCAGCGGCGCUGCCAGCCAGCAGACUGCAAUGGACAUGGAGACUGUGAGAACGGACGCUGUCGGUGUCAGGAGGGCUGGCAGGGCGCCGCCUGUGACUCUCUGGUGUGUCAGCCGCCAGCCUGCGCCCCUCAUGGUGUCUGCACCGCCAAUGGCUGUCUCUGUGCUGCUGGAUGGAGAGGAAAGUACUGCAAUAAAGCAUGCUUGCCAGGUUACUACGGCGACAGCUGCAGACACACCUGCAUAUGCUUUAAUGGAGCUUCCUGUAACCACAUCAACGGAUGCUGCUCGUGUCCCCCGGGUUUCUACGGCAACUUCUGCGAACAAGUGUGUCCUCCAGGUUUUUACGGUCAGUCCUGUGUUGAGAUGUGUCAAUGUGAAGAGCAGUGUCCAUGUGACCCAGUGACAGGAAGCUGUGCCUCUGUCAGCAACGACAUAUUACACAGCGCGGGUCUAUGUUUGGCUAAACGGAUGUUUAAAUCAUGGCGACCUGAGGAGGUGUGCAGAGACGAACCAUAUCUAACAGAACGAACAUGGCUGACAAUCACCAUCACUCUGGCCACUCUGCUGUUGAUCCGGCAGCUGCAUCACCUCAUGCGGGCGAGUCGGAGACGGCUUCUUUUGUUUCUUCGAUUUUCUCCAUACAAGCAGCUCAACGGCACCUUGAUUCAACUUGACUGAUACCAUAAAAGGAUGUCCUCCUUCUAUGCUAAAUAGGAAACACAAAUAUACAAAAAUAUCUGGGAGGAGUACCCAACAAAUGAAAAGGGGGAAGUGAAUAUUUUAUGUGCUCAUGCAUUAGAUGAAAUGCUGAGUGACAAAACUUUUGAGUAGAAACGGUAGGAGCAAAGAUGUGGACUGGAAGCACAUGACUGGGAUUCAGGAUUUGAAUGCGAUGACUUUAGAGCAUUGACAGAUCAUGAGACAUCCUGUACGGGAACAAGACGGACUGAACAAGACACAACAGCAAAAACUGCACUUGAACUUCAGUAUUUUGUUGACACUGGACAUGAAGAGAGGCUGCAGAUCAAGAGAUAUUAUACUAAAUACUACAGCAACACUACAAAAUACUCAACACAGUCUCAUGGCAGUUAGUGAAAUAGUCCCGAAAUGUUAUCUAUUUGAUCCGUGUACAUAGACACAAAUUUCCCAUUUUUUCGUGACGCUCAGCAUGAAUUUCAACAACAUAUUUUUGUGCUUUUUCCCACUUCCUCCUAUGUCCAGCAACAUGUGA